UUCAUUCAGGAGGCGGGGCCUCAGGGUCAGGAGGCGCCCGAGAUGGCGGCGGUGUGGGCGCUGAAGGUCGCCCGGGCACUGAGCUCGGGGGUCCGGGGAGCCCGGGCGCUGAGCUCGGGGGUCCCGGGCUCCCCCUGGCAGCUCGGCCGCCUCAGCCAUGUGGCGGUGGCCGUGCCGGAGAUGGAGAGCGCCCGCGCCUUCUACCGGGACGUGCUGGGCGGCCGGGUGGGCGAGCCGCUGGCGCUGCCCGACCACGGCGUCCGCGCCGCCUUCGUCGAGCUGGGCGGCGCCCGGCUGGAGCUGCUGGAGCCGCUGGGCGACGGCAGCCCGAUCCUCGGCUUCCUCCGCAGGAACCCGGCCGGCGGCCUCCACCACAUCUGCCUGGAGGUGGACCGGCUGGCCGCCGCCCUGCAGCAGCUGCGGGCCCGGGGGGUGCGCACCCUCAGCCCGCAGCCCCGGCUCGGAGCCCACGGCAAACCCGUCAUCUUCCUCCACCCCAAGGACUGCGGCGGCGUCCUGCUGGAGCUGGAGGAGGCCUGAGAGCCGCCCCUCCCCGAGGAGACGCAGGAGGCUGCGGGGCGCUGGCUUCAUCUGAUCCUGAGGCGGUUCCUCCCCCCACCCACCACCACAGAUGCUGCUCGACCCGUUGAGUUCUUCCAGCAGAGUGUUGAGCCCAAGUGUUGACUCUUCUUCUCCCUCCGCCAACCUGCUGAGAGUGUUCCAGCGUUUCCUGUUCCGAAUUGACACCACACCGCCCAACGUCCUGUUGCAUUGGGACUUCGCUUCAGCCUCCUGAUUAAUCCAAGUCUACCAGAGAUCUGGCAACACCCGAGAGGUUCUGGCAACUCCUCAUCUGGUCGAGCAGCACCUGUGAGAAGAGAAAUAGUUUUGACCCGAUAUUGUAACUGUUAUCUCUUUCCGCUGAUGCUGCCUGACCUGCUGAGUGUUUCCAGCACCUGCAGUUUUCUUUUUCAGCUUGCCUGAAGCAGAUUAUCACUGUAUCAAGUUGGACUAAAAUCUCAAACAGGACUUUUCCUCACCAGGAAUGCUCAACAGACCGAAGAUCUUUGUUCUCCAGUGAUCACGAGGGGAGUGGAGUGAGAGUUUCCAUAAUUUAUUUAAUUCUGCAUUUUUGGCCACAGCCUUUACAAGUAACUGAAAAUAUUUCUACUUCUGCAAGAUCAACAUUAAAGGCCGGGGAGUGUUAUUUGUGGACAACUUGUUUCUCUUGUGUUAAAUUGUACACUUCUGUACACUGAACAAUUCAAAUAUUAAAUUAGUAUUCUGAACUCUGUACAAAAUGCUGUUAAAAUUUCAAAUUAAAACAGCCUUAAAACAAAA